CGAUUCGAUAAGUGUCUCAUAAUUCUCACACAAAGCAUCAACACAGAGGUCUCUCCCGAUUCACACGUCACACGUCAGUCACCACAACUGCGCGCUUCCGCCGCUUUGCCGGCGGCCCGCCUGCAUCCCCCAUCUCCGCUGUGUCCUUGCCCUGCUGCUCACCCCGUUUGUCGGUCCCGAAGCAGGACGUGAGUGGAGUGCCCUUGAGAAGUGGCUGGUUGGUGAAGAGGCCCACAACAGGCAGAUGGCUCUCCACUUGGCCUCGCAGGAUCAUCUGCACACAUGACAUGCACGGACAACACCGACCGCACAAACAGGAAGGAUGUCUGCCUGCCUCCAUCCAUGACACCACCCACCCUGCUUUGCUCACCUUCUGGUUCAGGUUGGUCUGCUCCGAGUGCCUCACAAAGCGGGCGGCGUUGCCAAAGUAUCGCGUGUCGAUGGCCGGCAGGGUCAACUGCCAGUCGGGGUCAGCUCUCUCGACGUCUUCGGCGUAGCUGACUUGGAUGAGUGGGUACCAGUCGUGUUCGUUGGCGGUGUAUCGCGCGUAGCGGCAGUGGCUCUCGGCGACCGAGAUGAGCUCACCAGCAACCUCCAGCACGUAGGUGUCCUUGUCAAUGUCCUCCUGAUGGACCCAUACAGACACACAGAUGUGUACAAGUGCUCGCCUGUUUGCUUGGGUGGGCGCAUGAGUGUGGUAUGCUCGCUUACAUCGGCGAUGAGCUCCCACUUGCCGUCGUCUGUCUUGCGCACUGCGACCUUCUUCUGCAGGCCAGGCUUGUACCCCCUGCGGACACCACAGAACCACAACCUGUCGCAUCACGCAUCCGCUGUCUCGCUGUCACGUACAUGAGCUUGUUUGUCGGAAUCUCAUCGGUCCUCCGUCCGAUGUCUUGCGAAUCCGCACACCCGCCACAUGCCCACUCACUGAGGUCAUUGGCGGGCACCUGUGUGCUGGGUGGGCCAGCGAGCAGCUUGGUGAAGGCCACACACUGCGGCACAUACCCAUAGCCAGUGGGCACCUCGCCCGGCUCCCCACCGAUGACACGCAUCAUGCCCCUCCUCUCUCGCCCCUGUGACGCAUCUUUCUCUGCCUCCCAAUCCCUCAGCGGCUCGGCGAGCAGCAAGCAGACGGCGGUGGGCGUGCGUUCGUCGAGGCCGCUCUCUGGCUGCACGAUGGGCAAGUAUCGCUCGAUGACGCGGUUGGCGAGGGAUCGUGGCACAGGGAUGGUCUCCAUGCGAAAGGGGUUCCCGUAAGUGAGGCACAGCUGGAACGGGAAGAAGCCGUAGCGACUCCAGUUGGGGACCUGAAUCACAAAUCAAGCGACGUACAUCUGCUCGAAUGCACAGACGUGUACAGACGUGUCACGAGCAUUUGGUCGCUCACCGUGUUGUCAGAUGACGAUGAGCUUCUCUCAGCCGCUCCUGCUGCUGCUGCUGCCGCGGCAGCUGGUGCAGGUGCGGGCUGGCCGCCUAAGUGGGCCACCACUCGGCCAUGCCACUCCUUGGUCGGUCGAACAUCCUUGCAGGCGGCGGCAAGCGCCUUGUCGAAGGCCUCCUGGAAGGUGUCCAGCCAUAUGAUCUCCUUCCACUGCAAGGUCUUGUGUGAUCCGUCCGACCGCCUCACGGCCAGCGACAGCCGUCUCGGCGAGCCUCCCCCGUUCUGAUCGUGAUCAGCCUUGUUCUUGGUUGCCAGCCUGCGCAUGUGGCCGGGCUCAUGGGCAUCGGGCAAGCGCUUAUCGUUGAUGGGCGGCGUGUAGUCGGGGUCCUCCCCUGGCUGUGGCGUCAGAUACUCCAUGACAAACUUCCACACACGAGUAUGCUUGACCGUGUCGCCCUCCUCCUUGUCGUCCUUCCUCGCCUUGAUGAUCUCCUCCCUGCCGACCUCGAAAGCCUCCUUGAUGACAUACAAGCCGUCAUAACGAUACCCCCAGCUGGACGUUGCCGAGGAAGGAUAAGACACACACGUUGUGUGUGAUGGAUGUCCAGUGUACCUACCAGGGAGCGAAUUUCCUUGGGUUGUCUUUGUAGCCCCGAAUGACACGCACGGGGAUUUUGUUUUUGGAGGACUGGAGCAUGGCCCUGUUGCUCUUGUUGGUCAUGUCUUGAUCCGCCCCCUUGCCUUCGCCCGCGUACAUGAUGCGAUCCAGCUUGUCCAGAUCCUCAUACAUACUGUCCCCGCCCUCCCCGCCCAUAGCCGCCACUGAUCUGGUCACCCACUUGCCGUCCUCCCGCUGCAGGGUGCCUAUGCCUUUCAUAUUCUCCUGAUGCAGACCCAAGAGCUUCAGAGUGGAACCUGAAACGCAGACAGACAGACGUAAGUAAGUCACAGUCUGUCAGCCAGGGUACGGUACACGGCACGUGUGCGCGUGACGGACGCUUACGGUAGGGCAGGAUGGUGCCCGGUGGGACGGGGAAGUAGGGCAGCCCCACCACAUGCCGCUCACUCGUCAGUCCGAGCUCCUCCUCAAUCUCCCUGCACACAGCACUGUCGUUUUUCUUCUUCAAGCCCGAGCCAGCACCCUCCACGCCUUCCUCGUCGACCGCAUCGGGGUUGCUGGCGUCCAUCACUAAGGCGAACUUGCGAUAAAGAUAUUUCCACUGGCCCUCCUUGUCGCCGCGCUCAACCAGAUCAUCCCAGAUGGCUUUCUGCGCCUCAUUGAAUUCCGCCGUCACUUCUCUCACGCAAUCAUCCAUUGGCUCCGAUGCAAUUCGCUUCCACCAGGAGCAGUCAGGCAGGAUCCCUCACUCCUUCAAACAAGACAGGCAGCAUCAUUUGGGUGGAACACUCGUCCCACCUCUGCUUCUGUUCACCUGUUUCCUUCCGUUCGA